UGAGCCAUUGGCCACAGAGACCAUAAAUAGCAUCCCCCCAGAAGCCUCCUCACUCAUAUCCUCUUUCAGGAAAUAUCUGGAGCGGUGCCUGCUUCUUCAGCCCUGAAGUCAUGGCCCAGUGUCUCCUGUGGAUGGGCCUUGCCUUGUUGGGGACCCUGCAGACCCAGGCCCAGGACUGCACCCCAAACCUGUACUCAUCCCCGCCAGUGAGCAAGAUCCCUCUGCAGCCUAACUUCCAGAACAAGCUGUUCCAGGGGAAAUGGUACGCCAUAGGAUUGGCAGGAAAUGAAAUUAAAAAAAAACACCGCCUGCUUAAGAUGUUCACCGCCACCUACAAGCUGAACAAAGACGACAGCUACAAUAUCAAAGCUAAACUGGUCUGGAAAAAGCGUUGUGAGCCCUGGGCCAGAACAUUUGUCCCAAGUCCCCAUCAAGGCCUAUAUACCUUGGGCAAUAUUGAGCGUUACACCGGAACCUUGAGCUUCACUUUCGGAGUGGUGGCCACAGACUACAAAAAGUAUGCCCUUGUGUUCUUCAAGAAAGUUCAUAAAAACCAGGAGUACUUCAUGAUCGUCCUCUAUGGGAGAACUAAGGAGCUGACUUCUGGGCCGAAAGAUCUCCUCAUUGCCUUCGCCAAAUCUAUGGGCCUCCAGGAUCACCACAUCGUCUUCACUAUCCCCAACGAUCAGUGCCAGGGAGACUGAGCAAGCAUGCAGUGCCCUUGACUCUCUCCAGCCAAUCCCCCUCACACCGACCUCUGUCACAGCACUGCCUAGCCAUGCUACGCAGCUGCCCCACCAGCCUGGACACCACUGGGAGAGCCAGAAGAUCCUUCUCCCUGCACAGCCCACCAGCUGCUCCCCAGGCUGCCCUGUUGAUGGAACACCUCCUUACUUGCUAAAUAAACUUGUCCUCCAGAC